AUGGUCGUCUGCCAGCUCCUCCUCGUGUCCCUCAAGCCCGGCAUUUCCGUCCCCGCCUUCCUCCGGACCCUCUCCCGGGCCGGCGCGACGUCGGCCGGCCACCUGCUCGCCUUCCGCCCGGGCAAGAAGGAGCAGUACAAGCAGUACGGCGCCGAGUUCGCCCGGCGGGUGGGCUCGCUUCACGGCGGCCGCGUCAAGCUCGUCGGGCGGGUGCUCGCCCACGGCCCCGGGCGUCGGCGAUGGCGGCGACGGAUCCGGGGAGGAGGAGGAGGAGGACGGCGGCUGGGACGAGAUCGCCUAAUUACGUGCACUACCCGACCAUCCGGCACUUGCGAGGACUACCAGGAGGCCAAUAGGCGGUACAGGCUCGGCGCCCUCGGGGAUACCUUCGUCUUUUGUUGUCAAGAGAUGGACGGCGACGGCGAGCUUGCCGCCGCCGCCGCAAUUGCGAAGCCCGGAAGCAGUAAUUAA